UGGGUGGGAAAGAACUGAGUGGUCUGUAAAAAAGCACAUACAGGUGGUGCUUCCACACCUGCAGCACCUAGAGAGAGGGCUACAUUGUCCACACUCACCUUAACCCACACACUCAGUAGUUGUUGGGCCUCCUGAGUUAGCUCACAAAAGAGUGAAUUUGAUAAGGAUGUGGGCCUCAGUGUAUGUGCAUUUGUUUUCGUCCAGACCAGGCAGAGGCUUAAGGUGAAAAGCCCAAGGCCUGGCUGACAGUGGGCACAGGGGAAUUGUUUUGUUUGUUUCAGUCUGCAUCUGGAGUGAGUCAUUGCCACUUGUCAUGGUGAAAUGGCAAAUCUGGGCUUCCUGUAGUUCCAAAAGUCUGUGACUGGAAAUCCACAAGCGAUCUGGUGAUUGGAGCUGGUGAAAGGACAGCCUAGGUAUUUCAGAAGUGUUUGAGGAUCUCCUCCAUGAGAGAAGAGGAGAAAGUUUACAAAUGAACCUCACAAGUGUCAUCAGCACUCUUUUUCAAAGGAGACAAUCAUUGAACUUUGGUUAGGACCAAGUUAGUAUAUCUCUCUUUACCCAUCUUGAGUUGGGAUGGGGAGGCGAUAGGUUCUCUUGUCUUUUUCUGUCCUUUCCCUUCCCACAUUUCCUUCCCCCAGUCCCCACUCACUCACAUGUACACACUAACCUUGAAGCCGAUGAGACUGAGUGAAUGGCACUUGGGACCACAGAGAAAUGUCAGAGUGUUUGGUUACAGACUCAAGGAAACCCCUCAUUUUAGAGUGCUCAUUUGGUUUUAAGGAAAAUUUUGGACUGUGAAGCAAGGCAGUGGGUGAAGACAAAAUGGCCUCACCGGCUGACAGCUGUAUCCAGUUCACCCGCCAUGCCAGUGACGUUCUUCUCAACCUUAAUCGCCUCCGGAGCCGCGACAUCUUGACUGAUGUCGUCAUUGUGGUGAGCCGAGAGCAGUUUAGAGCCCAUAAGACAGUCCUCAUGGCCUGCAGUGGCCUGUUCUACAGCAUCUUCACAGACCAGUUGAAAUGCAACCUUAGUGUGAUCAAUCUGGAUCCUGAGAUCAACCCAGAGGGGUUCUGCAUCCUGCUGGACUUCAUGUACACCUCUCGACUCAAUCUACGGGAAGGCAACAUCAUGGCUGUGAUGGCCACAGCUAUGUACCUGCAGAUGGAGCAUGUUGUGGACACUUGCCGGAAGUUUAUCAAGGCCAGUGAAGCAGAGAUGGUUCCUGCCAUCAAACCUCCUCGUGAAGAGUUCCUGAACAGCCGAAUGCUGAUGCCCCAAGACAUCAUGGCCUAUCGGGGUCGUGAGGUGGUAGAGAACAGCCUGCCACUGAGGAAUGCCCCUGGCUGUGAGAGCAGAGCCUUUGCCCCCAGCCUGUACAGCAGCCUGUCCACACCGCCAGCCUCUUAUCCCAUGUACAGCCACCUCCCGGUCAGCAGUUUUCUCUUCUCUGAUGAGGAGCUGCGGGAUGCCCGGAUGCCUGUGGCCAACCCCUUCCCCAAGGAACGGGCCCUCCCCUGUGACAGUGCCAGGCCAGUUCCUGCUGAGUACAACCGACCGGCCAUGGAGGUGUCCCCCAAUGUGUGCCACAGCAACAUCUACUCGCCCAAGGAGGCAGUCCCAGAGGAGGCACGAAAUGACAUGCACUACAGUGUGGCCGAAGGCCCAAAGCCUGCUGCCCCCUCAGCCCGGAAUGCCCCAUACUUCUCCUGUGACAAGGCCAGCAAAGAGGAAGAGAGACCCUCUUCGGAGGAUGAGAUUGCCCUGCAUUUCGAGCCACCCAAUGCACCCCUUAACCGGAAGGGUCUGGUUAGUCCACAGAGCCCCCAGAAAUCUGACUGCCAGCCCAACUCACCCACAGAGUCCUGCAGCAGCAAGAAUGCCUGCAUCCUCCAGGCCUCGGGCUCCCCUCCAGCCAAGAGCCCCACUGACCCCAAAGCCUGCAACUGGAAGAAAUACAAAUUCAUUGUGCUCAACAGCCUCAAUCAGAAUGCCAAACCAGAGGGCCCGGAGCAGGCUGAGCUGGGCCGCCUUUCCCCACGGGCCUACACCGCCCCACCUGCCUGCCAGCCACCCAUUGAGCCUGAGAACCUUGACCUCCAGUCCCCAACCAAGCUCAGUGUCAGUGGGGAGGACUCUACCAUCCCACAAGCCAGCCGGCUCAACAACAUUGUUAACAGGUCCCUGACAGGCUCCCCCCGCAGCAGCAGUGAGAGCCACUCACCACUCUACAUGCACCCCCCCAAGUGCACGUCCUGCGGCUCUCAGUCCCCACAGCAUGCGGAGAUGUGCCUCCACACCGCCGGCCCCACAUUCCCUGAGGAGAUGGGAGAGACCCAGUCUGAGUACUCGGAUUCCAGCUGUGAGAAUGGGGCCUUCUUCUGCAAUGAGUGUGACUGCCGCUUCUCUGAGGAGGCCUCGCUUAAGAGGCAUACGCUGCAGACCCACAGUGACAAGCCCUACAAGUGUGACCGCUGCCAGGCCUCCUUCCGCUACAAGGGCAACCUCGCCAGCCACAAGACUGUCCAUACUGGUGAGAAACCCUAUCGUUGCAAUAUCUGUGGGGCCCAGUUCAACCGGCCAGCCAACCUGAAAACCCAUACUCGAAUUCACUCUGGAGAGAAGCCCUACAAAUGCGAAACCUGUGGAGCCAGAUUUGUCCAGGUGGCUCACCUGCGUGCCCACGUCCUCAUCCACACUGGCGAGAAGCCCUAUCCCUGUGAAAUCUGUGGCACCCGUUUCCGGCACCUUCAGACUCUGAAGAGCCACCUGAGAAUCCACACAGGAGAGAAACCAUACCAUUGCGAGAAGUGUAACCUGCAUUUCCGUCACAAAAGCCAGCUGCGACUUCACUUGCGCCAGAAGCAUGGCGCCAUCACCAACACCAAGGUGCAGUACCGUGUGUCCGCCACUGACCUGCCUCCGGAGCUCCCUAAAGCCUGCUGAAGCAUGGAGUGUUGAUGCUUUCCUCUCCAGCCCCUUCUCAGAAUCUACCCAAAGGAUACUGUCACACUUUACAAUGUUCAUCCCAUGAUGUAGUGCCUCUUUCAUCCACUAGUGCAAAUCUUAGCUGGGGGUGGGGGGUGG